AUUUCCUAUAUCCGGAACUGCAUUUCCGGGGUAGAAGAAGAACGUGCAGGCGGAUCUACACACGUCUGUUUAGACACGUUGUCAUUGCGUCACGUCAGCAGAUGGGAAAGCUGUGAACGUCGGGACUACAUAAUUCCGCACCGGGCUGUUAACAUUCAAAGGGCAAGGAUGAGCAGCCUGGAUCAAGACCAGCGUCUCCAUCCUAGUUGCUGUAACAAAACAACAGUCUCUAGUGAUUCAUCGGACACUCACGAGCUCGCCAAGCUGCCUCUACAAGGUCUAAAACUGGCAUCACAUGCAGUGCUGGAGAAGGCGCAGGAGAGGGGCAGGUUGAAAUGCUCUAAAUGUGGAGGAUCAAGGAUGUUCUUCUGCUACACAUGCUGCUCAUUACUGGGUGUCCACCUGCAAGAAAUCCCUGUAAUCAAGCUUCCAGUGAAGAUAGACAUCAUCAAGCAUCCAAAUGAGACGGAUGGAAAGAGCACUGCAGUCCAUGCCAAGAUCCUCGCACCCAGUGACGUCACCAUAUACACGUAUCCCUGUAUACCUGACUAUAAAAAGGACAAGGUGGUGUUGGUGUUCCCUGGUCCGGGGUCCGUCUCAGUUCAAGACAUGAUGCAGUGUUUACACGACAUGACAGACAGAAGGUCACAUAGGUCCUCUGAUGAACCCCGCGUAAAGAGGCUGAAAAGGGAGGAAGAUCAAGGCGCCAUACACACUUCAGAUAACCCAAAGUCAGGGGUCCCAGAGGAAGCAAAGGGCUCGGAGUCAGGGGUGUAUCCGCUACAGAGGGUGGUCUUCAUUGACAGCACAUGGAACCAGACCAACAAGAUCAGCACAGAUGAAAGACUGCAAGAUCUGCUCCGGGUGGAGUUGAAGACGAGGAAAACCUGUUUCUGGCGCAGUCAGAAGGGCAAACCAGACACCUACCUAGCUACAAUCGAGGCUAUCUAUUAUUUCCUCAAGGACUUCCGUGAGCAUUGCCUUGGUCAGGAGUACAAUGGAGAAUAUGACAACCUUCUGUUCUUUUAUUCCUUCCUGCACACAGUUGUUAACAAAUCAAAGAAUUCUGCUAAGAAAUGCUGAGGAAUGCUGAGAGGAAAAAUUGAAUUCAGCUACAAGAGACAUAUGAUCCGUAGCUGAAGAGUGGAGUCACAUGCAAGCCUUUGUUUGAUUUUGAUGAGUUUUAUUUUAUGGCUAUGUGAUAUUUUAAUUUUUUGUGGGAUUUUAUUUGUACAAGAAUAUGCAAUAAAAAAAAAAAAAUGUGUGUUUACAGUUG